AUGUCCCCGGCCUUCCUGAUCCAGGGGCACGCUUUGGGCCCCGGAACCUGUAGGGUCCAGCCGUUUGAAUCUUCCCUCGAUUGCCGGGCCUCAGGAGCCACGGGCCCCCGACGCAAAAUGAUACAAAAGCCAGGGCGCCAGAGGCCUGGGCUCGCAGGCAUGUUCGCGCCAGCGGGAUGGUCGCGGCCCAGGGCUGGUGGCAAGGGCGGCGGCAAGGCUUCAGAGGCGAACAGCCUGCUACAGGAGAUGAAGAUGAAGCAGCGCCUACGGGAGGAGGAGAACAAGAGGGUGCAGGAGAGUCAAAGAAGCGGCGGCACGAAUUGA